ACGAGACCACCAAGUCGGUGGUGGUGAAGAGCUGGGUGGUGGGCGUCGUCAACCGCGGCGUCCAGCUCCUCAUCCUCGCCUACUUCGUCGGGUGAGCCCCGCGGCAGCCGCCGGGACAGCUCUCGGGCACCUCUGGGACGCGCCGCCCCGGGACAUCCCCCGGGACACCCCCCGCACCCUCUUCCCGGCACCGCGGCGACUCCCGCUUGCUGCUGCAGGCGGCACCCGGGGGUGACACGGGUGAUGGGGGGGUGACAGCGAGGGGACACCCGGCCGGCGGUGCGGGGUGAGGGGGUGGCCAGGCCGGGAGCGGUGAGCGAUGGAGCAGAGGAGGGACGCGAGAGCGGGUGACAAAAUGUGUCAGCGCCGGGAAUUCAGCUGGGUGUUCCUCCAUGAGAAAGCGUACCAGGUGCGGGACACCGCCAUCGAGUCCUCCGUGGUCACCAAGGUGAAGGGCGUGGGGCGCUACGCGGGGCAGGUGAUGGACACGGCCGACUACGUCACGCCCCCCCAGGGCACCUCGGUGUUCGUGGUGGUCACCAAGCAGAUCCGGACCGAGGACCAGGAGCAGGGCUUGUGCCCGGAGAGCGAAGCCGCGUUCCACUGCUCGGCGGACCGGGACUGCCGGGAGCUGAGCCCAGGCACGAGCAACGGGAUGCUGACGGGGCGCUGCAUCGCCUACAACGCGACCCUGCGCACCUGCGAGAUCCAGGGCUGGUGCCCGCCCGAGGUGGACACUGUUGACGUCCCCGUCAUGCUGGAAGCUGAGAACUUCACCCUCCUCAUCAAGAACAGCAUCCGCUUCCCGCUCUUCGGCUUUGAGAAGACCAACCUGCCACCCCCAGGCAGUGGGGUGGAGCUGGGCCGGUGCCGCUUCCACCCACAGCUGCAGCCCCUGUGCCCCAUCCUGCGCCUGGGGGACGUGGCACGUCUGGCCGGGCAGGACUUCCCUGCGCUGGCUGCCACCGGCGGGGUGCUGGGGAUCAAGAUCGGGUGGGUGUGUGACCUGGACCGGGCCUGGGAGCGCUGCCUGCCCCGCUACUCCUUCACCCGCCUGGACAGCCUGGCCCGGACCCCCGCCCCUGGAUACAACUUCAGGCACGCCCGGUACUACCGCUGGCCCAAUGGCUCCGAGCGCCGCACCCUCACCAAGGCCUUUGGGAUCCGCUUUGAUGUCCUGGUGUAUGGCAGCGCCGGGAAGUUCGGCAUCGUCCCCACCCUCAUCAACACGGUGGCCGCGUUCACCUCCAUCGGUGUGGGCACGGUGCUGUGCGACAUCAUCCUGCUCAACUUCCUCAAGGGCGCCGAGCACUACAAGGCCCGCAAGUUCGAGGAGGUGCCAGAGGCCGGUGCGCCCGCCACCCCCGCCAGCCCCACGGCGUGUCCCCCCGGGGCGCUGGGGGCCUGCACCCGGGACAAGCAAUCCACCGACUCGGGCACCUUCUCCCUCGGCCUCUAGCCCCGGGGGCCGCGGGGCAGCCCACGGCCGGCUGAGGGGCUCCCUCUCAGCUCCCUCCCUCGCUCGCACCCUCUCCAGCGCUCACCCUGUGAGCCCCAUCCGCAUCCCAGUGUCCCCGGUGCCCACCCCGGGUGUCCCAGUACAUCCCAGUGUCCCCUGUGCCCACACGGAGCGCCCCUUGCUCCGAGGGUGCUGCAUCCCCCCCCCCCCCCCCCCCAAUAAA